AUGAAGAUGGGUGAGGCCAAAGCGCGCCAGAAGUCAAAAGCCGAACGCGAGGCAGAAGCAGAAGCAGUGCGAGAGGCAUCGCUGGCUACCGCACUUCCAGAGACCAACAAGGGCUUCAAGAUGAUGGCCAAGUUUGGCUUCAAGCAGGGCGACACACUAGGCAAAGCCGAGAAUGCGCGAAAGGAACCCAUACAAGUCAACGUAAAGGAGGAUAGAAGCGGAAUAGGUCUUGAGUCUGAGAAGAAGCGCAAGUUGAGAGAGGCGUGGGAUGAAGCAGCGCGGGUAGCUAAGCGGUCCAAGGAAGAAGAGGGUGACUAUCUUGAGGAUCGAAAGCAGCAGCAGAAGGAAAAGAAGAUGGAGAGAGACCUAGACAGUGCCCAGAGAACUGCUGAGCGUCUAUUUGAGAAGGAGGCGGAAGAAAUGGCUGGACCGUCCUCAGAAGAGAAGCCAUUGAAAGACAUCAACGUGCUAUGGCGCAUCCGCGCACGGCGCCGAGUAGAGAAGGAACAUGAUCGGAGGCAACGGAGAGAGUUGGAGAACAGUCUCGCGUCUCGACUCCCGACUUUGGCGCAAGACCAGGAAGAGGACACCGACACCAAGAUCGCCGCUGGUCGUGAUGUGGCACCGUUCUACACAUCACUUGAAAACGACCUCGAAGACGAAGAUCCUGAGCUUGCAGAGUUCGAAGCCUUACCAGUGGCUGAACGUCUACAGAAGCUCCUUGUCUUCCUACGGGAACAGUACAAGUACUGCCUGUACUGUGGAUACCAAUAUCCUGAUGCAAAUAUGGAAGGCUGUCCAGGCAUUACCGAAGAAGACCAUGACUGA